AUGGAAGAGCAGAGCAAGAACAAGAUCAGUGAAGAAGAAAAACAACUUCAUGGGAAGCCAGGUCGAAGAAAGGGAGGAUUAAUUACCAUGCCCUUCAUCUUCGCUAACGAGAUGUGUGAGAAAAUGGCGGUGGUUGGAUUUCACUCAAACAUGAUAAGCUAUCUAACAACACAGCUUCACCUUCCCUUAACCAAAGCAGCCAACACUCUCACUAACUUCGCAGGAACUUCGAGUCUCACUCCUCUCGUCGGUGCCUUUAUCGCCGACUCCUUCGCUGGCCGCUUCUGGACCAUCACUUUUGCUUCCAUUAUUUACCAAAUCGGGAUGACAUUGCUUACGAUAUCGGCAAUAAUACCAACGUUAAGGCCACCACCAUGUAAAGGAGAAGAAGUUUGUGUGGUAGCAGACACAGCACAGUUGAGUGUUCUGUACAUAGCUCUUCUUCUUGGAGCUAUCGGGUCAGGUGGGAUCCGACCCUGCGUUGUUGCGUUUGGUGCGGAUCAGUUCGACGAGUCGGAUCCAGAGCAAACCACCAAACCCUGGAACUACUUCAACUGGUUCUACUUUAUCAUGGGUGCAGCGGUUUUAGUGGCGGUGACGGUUCUUGUGUAUAUCCAAGAUAACGUUGGGUGGGGUCUAGGUUUGGGCAUCCCAACACUGGCUAUGUUCCUGUCUGUUAUUGCUUUUGUCGGCGGUUUCCGGCUUUAUCGUCACUUGCAUCCAUCGGGUAGUCCGUUUACCCGCUUGAUCCAAGUGGCAGUUGCAGCGUUUCACAAAAGGAAACUGACUAUGGUUUCUGAUCAUACUCUUCUCUAUUUCAACGAUGAGAUUGAUGCUCCUAUCUCCUUAGACGGUAUACUCACACACACCAAACACAUGAGUUUCUUGGACAAAGCAGCUAUAGAGACUGAGCAAGACAAUUUGAAAUCAUGUCAAACCCCUAAUCUAUGGAGACUAAGCACAGUCCACCGGGUUGAAGAACUCAAAUCAGUGAUCAGAAUGGGUCCAAUAGGAGCCUCGGGAAUCCUUCUAAUCACAGCAUAUGCUCAACAAGGAACCUUCUCUCUCCAACAAGCCAAAACUAUGAACCGACAUCUAACCAAAUCCUUCCAAAUCCCAGCCGGUUCAAUGUCUGUCUUCACAACCAUCGCGAUGCUCUGCACAAUUGUUUUCUACGAUCGCAUCUUUGUGAAAAUCGCUAGAAAGUUCACUGGUCUCGAGCGAGGCAUCACGUUCCUCCACAGAAUGGGAAUCGGAUUCGUCAUCUCAUUUGUUGCAACUCUUGUCGCCGGUUUCGUUGAAGUUAAAAGAAAACACGUAGCAUUCGUGCAUGGGCUUUUGGAUAAACCAAACAUGGUGAUUCCAAUCUCAUUUAUGUGGUUGAUUCCUCAGUAUAGUCUUCAUGGAAUCGCUGAGGCUUUUAUGUCGAUCGGACAUUUGGAGUUUUUCUACGACCAAGCGCCAGAGAGUAUGAGGAGCACGGCGAUGGCACUUUUCUGGAUGGCGAUUUCGAUCGGAAACUAUGCGAGCACUUUUCUUGUGACUUUGGUUCAUAAGUUUAGUGCUAAACCGGAUGGGAGUAAUUGGUUACCAGAUAACAAUUUAAACCGGGGGAGGCUUGAGUAUUUUUACUGGUUAAUCACUUUGUUACAAGCUGUUAAUUUCGUGUAUUAUCUUUGGUGCGCCAAGAUUUACACGUAUAAACCAGUUCAAGUGCAUCAUAGCAAGGAAGUUAGUAGUCUAGUUAGUGGUGAGUUGCAGUUAUCCAAAAGGAGCUUAGUUGAUGCAUGA